AUGGACGAGAUCCUCAACGAACAGUUUGAGCGCGUCGAAAAGGCCCUGACCACGCUGGUCGACUCAAUCGCCGCCUAUAACCCAGCCACGCAAGCUGCAGUCGACUUGGUAGCUGCCGACGACGAGCUCAGUGAAGGACUGGAUCAACUUGCCAAACACCAGGCAAACCAUGUGCGCAUCCAACAUUUGCGCGCAGAAGCCGACGCUCUCGAAGAACAGCUCAAAACGUCCGUCAAAAAGCUCGCCGAACUGCGCCACGAGCUGUUUGACACGUCUGUGACGACAUUCCCAGAAGAUUCACGCGCCGUCCCGUUCGACGAGCUCUUACAGUAUGCGACCAACAUCUCGAGAUACACAGUCCCGCCGACGUACCGUGAGCGCAUUCCUACAGCAGACAAAGAAAAGGAGGACGAAGACGUCGGCUCGAGUGGAGCUCCUACCAAUGGCCUCAACACGCCUGCUCUCCCACCAGAGACUGUAGAAACGGCGACUGAAGCUGUACAAGGGCAGAAGGAAGGCGAAGAUGCUGCUGGUCCUGCACUCGAAAUCACGCCAGAAGAAGAAGAAUGGCUGAAGAAGCUCAAAGCUAGCAACCUGGCUUGGUAUCCGUGGCCCAGCAACGAAAAGAUCCGCGCAGGCGCUCUCUUCAGUCUCCAGUACUGGCGCGAGAAGGGCAAAAACUUGGACGAAUUCAACAUACCUGCACAUCUCAAAGCAGACAGGGACAAAGUACUACAGGAGCAGCAACAGCAGGAUGGGGCUGCACAAGAGGUGGCUACAGAUUCUCCAGGCAAAUUAGUACCCCAACAGCUUCCUUCUGAAAACACACACCGUCCUAAGCCACUCGGGGUCUUUGCAGGCUUUGAUGACGAUGACGAUGACUGA